AGAUCUCUCUGCCUUCUGGGAGCCAGCUGUGCAGAUGUAGGUGCCAGGUCAGCUUGCAGAGCCCAAAGCCUAGAACCAGAGGGAAUGGCCCCUGGCACCCAGAGACCCUCAUCCCAGGAGUUGGUGACAUUCAAGGAUGUGGUUGUGGACUUCACUGAGGAGGAGUGGUGCCUCUUGGACCAUUGGCAGAAAGAGCUGUACAGGGAGGUCAUGCUGGAGAAUAUCCAGAAUUUGCUGUCCCUGGUUGUAGGGACCAGGUUUGAAGUAAAUGAAAUAACUAGAAAGCUGGGAAUUUUUGUGGAAGGAUGUGACCUGCAAAGAUUCAUGAGUGAUGCUCCCUGUGACUUCCAUUUGAGAGAAAUCCAUGACUUUAGUAUCGAGGAAGACAAAAAUCCAAAGAGCGACUGUGAAUUCAGUGAAAUUGGAACAAGAUUCAAACAGUCUUCGAUCCUGAAUCACUGUAAGAAAAUUACCUCAGGAAAUGACUGUCCUCCAGAUAUUGAUUAUAGGAAAUGCUUUACUGAAGAGGGAAAGUUUUUUCAGUCCCUACCAAAGGCUUCUAAAAUGCAAAUGUAUCCUGGUAAUCAGUGGCAGAUGGCCAUCAGCUGGAGUUCAGACAUCAAUAAGCAUCAGAAAAGUGAUAUUGGAAAAAUGCUUUCUGUAAGUAAGAAAGAUGCGAAGGCCCUGAUUCAGAACUCUAAGCUCAGUACUCAUCAGCAAAUUCCCAUUAGAAAGGAGUCUGAUGAAUAUAAUGAGUGGGAAGCAACCUCAUCCCACCAAUCAGCUAUUCCUUGCCAGCCUAGAUUUCAACCAGGAAUGAAAAGAUAUACAUCUCUUCAGUGUGGGAAGGCCUUUGGUUAUAACUCAGACCUUGAUAGACCUCAGAAGAUUCAUACUGGGGAGAAGUGUUAUGACCAUAAUGAAUGUGGGAAGGCUAUCUGCUAUAGAUCUCUACUUAUUGGCCUUCAGAGAAUCCAUACUGGAGAGAAACUUAUUGAAUGUAAUCAGUGCGGAAAAGCUUUCACACAGAGAUCCAGUCUUAUUGCACAUCAGAGAAUCCACACUGGAGAGAAACCUUACGAAUGCAAUCAAUGUAGAAAGACUUUUAGAAUGAGCUCCAGUCUUACUGCACACCAGAGAAUCCACACUGGAGAGAAACCUUAUGAAUGCAAUCAAUGUGGAAAGACUUUCAGAAUGAGCUCCAAUCUUGAUACACAUCAGAGAAUUCACACUGGAGAGAAACCUUUUGAAUGUAAUCAGUGUGGAAAGGCCUUCAAACAGAGGGCCCAUCUUGUUACACAUCAGAAAAUCCACACCGGAGAGAAACCUUUUGAAUGUAAUUAUUGUGGAAAGGCUUUCACAUAUAGGGGCAAUCUUACUGCACAUCAGAAAAUCCACACUGGAAAGAGGCCUUUUCAGUGUAAUCAGUGUGGAAAAGCUUUCACAGAGAACUCCACUCUGGCUAAGCAUCAGAGAAUCCACACUAGAGAGAAAUUUUUUGAAUGUAAUCAAUGUGGAAAAACUUUAAGAAAUAAAUACACUCUUGCUUUACAUCAGAGAAUACACACUGGAAAGAGACCUUUUGAAUGCAGUGAGUGUGGAAAGGUUUUCACACAAAGGGGCCGUCUUGCUGCACAUCAGAGAAUCCACACUGGAGAGAAGCCUUAUGGAUGUGAUCAAUGUGGAAAGGCUUUCACAGAGAGCUCCCAUCUUGCUGCACAUCAGAGAAUCCACACUGGAGAGAAACCUUAUGUAUGUAAUCAGUGUGGAAAGGCUUUCACAGAGAGGGGCUAUCUUACUAGACAUCAGAAAAUCCACUGUGGAGAAAAGCCUUACGAAUGUAAUCAGUGUGGAAAGGCUUUCACACAGAACUCCAGUCUUGCUAAACAUCAGAGAAUCCACACUGGAGAGAAACCCUAUGAAUGCAGUGAAUGUAGAAAGGCUUUUACACAGACGGCCCAUCUUGCUGCACAUAGGAGAAUCCACACUGGAGAGAAACCUUAUGUAUGUAAUCAAUGUGGAAUGGCUUUUAGACAGAGCUCCAAUCUUGCUACUCAUCAGAAACUCCAUGGUCGAGAGAAGCCUUAGGGAUAUAAUCAAUGUGGAAAGACUUUCAGAUUCCCCUCCAUCCUUACUUUACAUCAGAGAAUUCACGCUGGGGAGAAACCCUAGGAACUUUAUUCAUCCCAUAUUAGGGCAUGAUAUAGUUAUUGUGUUCAUGUGUCAAUAAUCCUUAGCAGUGUUGGUUCAAAUUCAUGCAGUAUUCAUUAACUUUUCCUUACACAACUGUUGCUUUCAAAAUUCACCACAUGCACAUAUGUUCUCAAUUAUAUCCAAAUAAGUUUUUGAUAGGUCUUAAAAUUCCAGGCUUGGUCUGGUCUGUAGGUAGGCUAGAGGAAGGGGGAGUACAUUUGGUGGACUUGAAAGGACAGCUUGCCAAUAGAAAUUUAAAAUCUUUAAUUCACUGAAUAAGUAGAAGGGAGCAACUACCAUGGGAAAUGAUGGAGAGGAAAGCUGCUGGAAUGUUGGAUAAGGAGGACAAUCAGCACAAAUAGUAAAUUCUGGAGUCUUGUAUCAAUACAGUGAGGACUAGUGUACACCCAAUGAAUAAAUAGUUGGUUCAAAAAUGUAACUUUAUGGGGCAUCUAGGUGGCGCAGUGAGUAGAACACCUGUCCUGAUGU